AUGCCCAACGACAACAGCUUCUGCCACAAGAUGCUAAUCUUCCUCGGUCUCAUGACAGUCGGCGUCUCGCUCAUCGUCGUCUCGUUCGGUGUGGCCCUCAGCAACGAAAACAACAAGAUCUUACUGGAUUCGACAGUAGUAGAACCUGGUACACAACAGAGAGCAUUCCGAGUGGCGUCUUGCCAUGUUGGGACGUGUACGAGAGACAAGACGUUCUGGAAGACGGUGAUUAUGCCGGCUUCGACGGUCACCGAGACGGCAACUGUUUAUCUCGCAGAUGAUGUCAAGCCUACGGGUCCUGUUGGGCCUCCACGACCGACGGUUCAGUUGUCGGGCACUCGAUCUACAACCCUCAUGCCACAUGUUAUGCCGACAGAGGAUGCUGAAGAGUUUGAGAAGAGGAAGGGAAGGUUCAUCGGAGGAGGCUCGAGAGGUAGGAGGAUUGUCGAUGUCAACAAGCCGGAGAUACAGAUGUGA